AAACAAUCAGCUUUUGCCGUGAGGAAUGAUCGUGUCAACAGGUUGAAUUGGGAGCAUGGAGUGGGAAGAUUGCCGCAGUUCUGUUAUUCAGGAUGGGAGCAUUUUUAUAAACCACGUAAACGCCUUGAAGCGAUACCUGGUUGACCAAACGUCAAUGAAUGACAUUAAAUUAUAUGAGACCAUCGUCUCCCAGCUCUACGAAUGCAGCUCGCAGUCUAUAAACAAAGAGGUUUUGCGCAGCUACUUUAAAGAAAUAUUGUAUAUCUUGAAGAUAUGCUCACUACGGGUGGCAAAUCAGGAAAGUUGUUUUCAUCUUCACGUGGAUAUACUGUCCAUUCUGCUCAACUUUUGCCGGAGGCUCAUUAAAUCGGAAUGUAUGAUCAAGCAGUCACUUCCAAUUAUAUGCACUAUAACGAGCGUCGACGACCCCAAACUGUUCCUCUACACUGCAAACUAUAUUCGGCUAGCAAUAAGGUACCACCCCAAAACUGGUAGCGAGUUGGCUCUGAAUCCCCUGUUAACUGCUGCUGCAAACCGGCCGUCUCAUGAGUUAAUGAAAAUACUAUUUUACAUACACUCAUAUAAUGCCGUUGCUUUCUGGUCACCUGGUAUUGGACAGCAACUUCUCAGCAUUUACAGUCAAAAAAGCGUCCCGGUUCCUGUACAGCUAGAUUGUUUAAUACUGAUUGGUAGAAUCUUAGAUGACAUUCCCCGUACAGAUACGACCUUGGAAACUUGCUUUGGAAUGACACCAAGUGACGCAGUGCCUAUUUUACUGAAGGCAGGAAAUACCGAAGUUGGAGCUAUACUAACAUCUGUGUUCGUGAAAUUUGUGCAGCGUGAUCUAUAUGCAUCAUUUGCAGCACAUGCAAACUCUCGACUUUCCAGUCGUCUCUGCCUUUCGUGGCCUGGUGCUUUGGAAGCCGCUGUAACUUUGUUGAGGUCGUUGGUUAAAGAAUGCUCCGCUACAAACCACAAACACCAGAAAAAUGCCACAUGCAUCCCUGGAUGUAUUGCUGCUGUAAUAGGUUACCUGCGCAAAGCGGAGACUGCGAAACAGGUUCUGACUUGUUUAGUGACUCUCCAGGAUUUUUCCAGGCAUGUUUCUCCAAAAGUCCUGGAAGUCUAUGAAGAGGCGAUUGGAACUGCUUGCUUUCGGGUUGGGAUCGAUCAGACUAUGUUUUGGGAUUAUCUGGACUCGCAUGAAUUUCAGAAAGCUCAUCCUGGUCUCGGAAACCCCGUUCGGAUGAAUGCCGUUGAUACAAACAAAACCAUAAAUGAUCAGAGAUCUCCACCCAACAUUUCCAAAGAGAAUGAAUCGUCUUCUCCCGAAAACUUCCACUCAUCUUAUAUCAGGAAUACCCACAUUUUUGAAUUAUAUUCCAACUCUUCACAAAGUUAUUCGACUACUGAUUGUGGUGAACCAAACACACAUCGUGUCUUCUCAGCCAGUAUGAAGGUAGUCUGCAAUGGCAAACAGCUUAGCCGCUCACAUUUUGAUAGACCUAAGAAAUGGCCCAUUGAAACCAGGGUCCAUUCUGAAGAAAACUCAGUGGCGGAAAGCACGCUAAAUAAUGUCAACAGUUCUAGCACUUCUAGCAGAACAUCAACCACAACGGGUGCAUCAUACAGUCCUGGGGAAGACCGGCGUUCCUCUUCUAGUCUGUCUUUCGGUGAAGUUGACCCGGAUGCAAUAGAAAAAGCCAAUUCAGUACGUUUUCCGACGCUUCCGGGAUUUUCUAGUCCCAGAAAUACACCGGGAUACUCUGACACCCAGGGUGUACCCACUCAGCUCCGCUUUGACGGUCAGCAGUUUGAAAAUUCUGUUUCAAAAUCCGUGGUUUCUGAUCCUGUUCACCUGUCCUUGACCAAGUCCGCCCCUCAGCUUUCACCGGUGGGACAGCUUGACUCUGUGCAACGGUUUUAUGAGCGAUACUACGCAAAACUUGUUAGUUAUGUUGACUUCGUCUCGAACCGCUUCCCGCUUCCUGCUGCACUCGGUCUGGAGGACUUUAAGACGAGGAGUUUGGAGGCUGAAAGUCACCAGCUGGUACUGUGGUUAAAUGAACGAAGCACAAGACUAGAGGGAAGCCAAGAGAGCUCAAACGAUUUUCAAGGCACCCCUCGAAGUCUCUGUCCGUCGCUGACUUUAUACUUUGCAUGCUGUUGUCGCCGUUCCCAGUGUCUUUUUCCUGGGAAUAGAAUGGAUACAUGUUUCCGUGUCAUCACUGAGAACCCAGUCACGUGGAUGCAGAUCAUUAUCUUAGGCACACAAGUCAAGUACGGAAAGGCACUGCCUUCGGAACAUCUAGCUAUGCGAAAUUUGCGAUGGUUUUGGGCACAAAUCGUCGACCCAUCAGCUUGUUCUUCACGUCAACGCAGCAUUCUUCGAGUCCAUUCUGACAGUGCUAGAUACUCCAAUACUCAGUACACAGUUCCCGGAAUAUCUCCAUCAACGGUUGCCCGAGAACAAGCAGAAUACGAUGGUGCACGCCCGAAAUCCCCUCUUCUCAAUCGGAUCCGAACGUGGAAUUCUAUGCGAACGCGAUCUCGAAAACAACUGUCAAAAUUCAACAGCUUCUUCCUGCUCGCCACUCGAAGCUUUCCAAACUCAAAGGAAUGUGAGACAAUAGUUAAGGAGCUGAAGGAAGCCAGGUUUUUCGAACUUUUUGAGCCGGUUACAGAUCCAAAAAAUGCCACUGAGAAGGUCAGUCAAAACUACGCGAACCGGUGGUGCUGUUUUCUGUGCAAUCAGUCACCACGACGUUGUGUUUCUGGGUCUAGAUCAGAAAACACCACAGUUUGCGCAACGAAGCCCCAAAAUUCGAGAAUAAUGCACCCCCCGCCUAAUUCAAUACAGUUGGAAACCUGGUGUCCCGAAAUGACCGCGCAACUUUAUUUGCGGCACGCUAGACGGAUUCCCGUUGCAAUGGUUUGGAUUAGCCGAUGGCAGAAACAUGAAGUUAUACUGAAAGAUGGAAUUCUGGGCUGGAGGAGACGGGAUGAACGACGCUUAAGCAAAGACGAGCAAUCCGCCAGUAAUAAACGACCUGAUUCAACUUCAAAAUCAUCCCGGAUAAACCGAAACUCUGAACACCUUGUUGGUGAUGAUCUUCAACGCGCACCCCCUGCCAGUGAAUGCAUUCAUAAGAACCAGUGGACAUGUAUCUUCGUCGGAACGAUAGUGAAAAUCGAAAGUAUUAGGAACAAAAAAACUGAUCAGCUGCUCCAACUUCAACUCACAAUUCGGAAUAAUGGCGUGCUUUUUCUCAAGUCCCUACCACAGUUGCGACUGAAACAACCCGCAGUUUCCUCCGCAAUUCCGAGAGUGCCAAAUGAAGUUGAGGAACUCACAGAAUGGUCACGUGCCCUACAGGUUGCUAUGAUUCGUGCCCACCAAAAGUUGAAUAUAUGACUAACUUUCUAGUUAUAUGCAUUCAAUGGACCUUGGUGACCCACUUUUCGUGCUUCACUUUCCCAUCAAAGACAGUUGUUUCCAAACGCUGACUUGUUCCUAAUGUGGAGCAAUUCGAACUUCUAUUAGGUAGCGUUGUCAGUCAGCAGUUUUGUGAUACUUGUAUAUAUGAUGGAAUUCAUAGCAUUUUAUUACCCUCACUCCGCAACAUAGCUUCGUUCUUCAUAUAUAAAAAUGCC